UAGUUGAGCAGCUGGGUCCAGCAAGCAAGAAGAAGAAGAUGAUGGAUGAAAAAAGUACCCCUCCAGCUAUGGUAGAGUCACUAGUGUCCAAACCGGUCCAAGAAGUGGUUGCGAACAGCAGCAACCAAGUGCCAGAGAGGUACAUCUACAAGGGUGAAGAUGGAGCUAUCGAUGCCUCCUUUCCACUGUUGGAGGUUCCAGUCAUUGAUAUCCUUCGUCUUCUCAAUUCUUCAUCUGAUGAUGAUGAACUCCUAAAACUUCGAUCUGCUCUCGCCUCUUGUGGUUGCUUUCAGGCAAUAAAUCAUGGAAUGGAAAGCUCAUUCCUAGACAAAUUGCAAGAAAUUGCCAAACAAUUCUUUGUACUUCCAAUUGAAGAGAAACAUAAAUACUCAAGGACAGUGGAAGACUUGGAAGGGUAUGGGAAUGAUUCAGUUUUUUCAGAGCAUCAAAUUCUUGAUUGGACUGACAGGUUGUAUCUUAUUGUGAGCCCUGAAGAUCAAAGAAAGCUCAAAUUUUGGCCUCAAAAUCCUGAAUGUUUUAGGGAGAUUUUACAUGACUAUACCACAAAGUUAGCAAUAUUGAAUGAACUCAUCCUUAAAUCCAUGGCGAAGUCAUUGAACUUAGAAGAGAACUGCUUUUUGAACCAGUAUGGAGAACGAGCAACGAUGUUCGCAAGAUUUAACUUCUACCCUCCAUGUCCAAGGCCUGAUCGUACACUUGGCCUCAAACCACAUGCAGAUGGAACGGCAAUUACCUUUCUGUUGCAAGACAAAGAAGUUGAAGGCCUUCAAAUCUUGAAAGAUGGGCAGUGGUUCAGAGUACCCAUCAUUCCUCAUGCUCUUCUCAUUAAUGUUGGCGAUCAAGCAGAGAUAAUGAGUAAUGGAAUGUUCAAGAGCCCGGUGCACAGGGUGGUGACGAACUCAGAAAGGGAGAGGAUCACUCUGGCUGUGUUUUGUAUGCCAGAAUCGAAUAAUGAGAUUGAACCGGUUGAAGGGCUCAUCGAUCAGAAAAGGCCAAGGUUAUACAGGUCAAUGAAAGAUUAUGGGAAUAUCUAUUUUCAAAACUAUCAGCAAGGCAAGAGACCGAUUGAUGCAGCGAAGUUAUGAUGUUUUCAACAUUCGAUCUUUUUGUGGUUUGUGUGCGGAUAUGAUAAAGGUGUGAAAUUUUUAUGAGAAACCAAUUCCAGAUUGAAGUGGUUAACUAAUUUUUUUUUUUUUUCAUAAAAGCUGUGUGAUUCCGUAA